UUGUGGUUGCGGUUUUGGAGCGUCGUUUUCACGUGAUUUCCCCUCCCCUUUUUCAUGGACAGUACCUGCAACCUUAGCAGUUCGAAGUUGGCUUCUGUUUUCCGUUAGCGCUUCGCUGCACGGACAAAUGCAUACAAAUGCAUUUAGGAGCCCACAGGACAAGGCGUGGAAAGUUCUCCCACUCGGCAGAAACGAAACUGCUUCUUUUUAUUGUGCUAUGUGUGACAGGGGAUGCUGUUUAUGCACAAGAACAAGGCAUAGAUAUUCUUCAUCAGCUCAGCCUUGGAGACAAAGAUGUAAGACAUUCAUCAGUGACUGCUGUACCAUCAUCAUCUACACCAUUACCUCAGGGGGUCCAUUUAACAGAAUCAGGUGUAAUUUUAACAAAUGAUGCUUAUAUUGAGUCUCCUCUCCUGAAAGUUUUACCAGUCAACUUAGGACACCCUUUUACAAUAUUAAUUGUGUUACAGUCAUAUAGCAUUAAUAAUGCAUUUCUCUUCAGCAUUAGAAAUAAAAAUAGACUGCAACUAGGAGUGCAGUUAUUACCUAAAAAAUUAGUGGUAUACCUUGGAGGAAAGCCGUCUGUAUUUUUCAACUAUAGUGUUCAUGAUGAGCAGUGGCAUUCAUUCGCCAUUACUAUUGGAAACCAAGUUGUCUCCAUGUCUGUGGAGUGUGGAAAGAAAUAUUUUAGCAGAGAGACUCUUUCAGAAUUUCAUACCUUUGAGUCUAACAGUGUGUUUACUCUGGGAAGUAUGAGCAAUGAUUCUGUCCGUUUUGAAGGAAUAGUAUGUCAGCUGGAUAUUAUUCCUUCUGCAGAAGUGUCUUCAAAUUAUUGCAGAUACAUAAAACAACGUUGUCAUCCUGAGACAAACCUUCUUCAUACAACUAUACUACCAGCUAAGAAACCAGAAAACUCUCCCUUGCCUAAACAUUUUGGAGGAAAAGUAUUGUCAGAAGGCAAAGACAUUACUGAAAGCAAAAGCAUCCCAAAUACCAUAAGUAAUUAUUCUGCAGCAGUAUACAAACAACAGGAAAACCAGAUAUCAAGAUCUCAGUUAACUUCUCUUCAUUCAGGGAAUGUCUCUGCUUGGGAUAUUGUGAAUCAUGGGAUUCAGGCCAAAGAGAUGAUCACUGAGGAGCAUACUCAGAAAAAUUUAAGUUUGUCAAUGACCCAUCAUUGCCUCAGCGAGGCAAGAACAAUUAGCACAGAGAAAUUAAGUUCGCUUUUAAAUGUAUCGGACAGAGCUAUACAACAUAGUGAUAGAGAAGCUGAUCUGUCACCAUUUAAGGAGAUAUCAUCUGUGCUUCCACGUAUAAAACAAGAUACAGCUAUCAAUCUCAAGAAGGCUAUCACUGCAAAUCUAUACACUAAUGAACUCCAGGAAAUGCAACGGAUUUUAAACACAACCUUAUACAGAGUGACAGAUGGACCAUCUAUGGAUAAUCACCUUGAUCUAAGGAAGGAAGGUGAAUUUGAUUCUGAUGCUAUUUAUCCCAUCGAAAAUAGCUAUGAAACUGAGCUUUAUGAUUAUUAUUAUUAUGAGGAUCUUAAUGCAAUGCUCGAAAUGGAGAAUCUGAAAGGGCCAAAAGGGGACACUGGACCUCCCGGCCCACCUGGUCCAGCAGGUGUCCCAGGUUUCUCAGGAAAGAGAGGUCCACGGGGUAUUCCAGGACCACAUGGAAAUCCUGGGUUACCUGGAUUACCAGGUCCAAAGGGCCCCAAAGGAGAUCCAGGAUUUUCCCCUGGUCAAGCUAUUUCUGGAGAAAAGGGUGAUCAAGGGCUUUCUGGAUUAAUGGGGCCCCCUGGUCUGCCAGGUGAUAAGGGUCUCAAAGGACAUCCGGGGCUCCCAGGACUUCGGGGUGAACAGGGAAUUCCAGGGUUUGCUGGUAAUAUUGGUUCACGUGGCUAUCCUGGCAGGCAGGGUUUAGCUGGAAUAGAAGGUAAUCCAGGUCCUAAAGGUGUACGAGGUUUCAUUGGCUCUCCUGGAGAAGCAGGACAAUUGGGACCUGAAGGACAAAGAGGUGUUCCUGGGGUCCGUGGGAAGAAGGGUCUUAAGGGAAGACAGGGUUUUCCAGGUGACUUUGGAGAAAGAGGCUCUGCUGGUCUGGAUGGCAGCCCUGGACUUGUAGGAAGCAUUGGUCCUCCAGGAUUUCCUGGGCUUAGAGGCAGCGUUGGCCUUGUAGGACCAGUCGGGCCUUCUGGAAUUCCUGGCCCAAUGGGUCUUUCAGGGAACAAGGGCCAACCUGGAAUCAAAGGUGAUAAGGGUGACCAAGGCAUUGCAGGAGAGCCAGGAGAACCAGGGUAUCCUGGAGACAAGGGUGCUUUUGGUUUUCCAGGACCACCUGGGAUGAGAGGGAAGCCAGGAUCAUUAGGCCAAGUAGGUGACCCAGGACCUCAAGGACCACCUGGCCCUCCAGGACCAGAGGGUUUUCCAGGAGAUAUUGGGAUUCCUGGGCAAAAUGGCCCUGAAGGAUCAAAGGGACUCCUUGGAAACAGAGGGCCUCCUGGACCUCCUGGUCUCAAAGGAACACCGGGAGAAGAAGGACCUAUUGGACCCUUUGGAGAACUGGGACCAAGAGGGAAACCAGGUCAAAAAGGGUAUGGAGGAGAACCUGGACCAGAAGGUUUAAAGGGAGAAGUAGGAGAUCAAGGAAACAUUGGAAAGAUUGGUGAAAUAGGAUCUGUUGGUUUACCUGGAGAAGUUGGAAUAACUGGAAGUAUUGGAGAAAAGGGAGAACGUGGAAGUCCAGGUCCAGUAGGUCCCCAGGGGGAGAAGGGUGUUAUGGGAUAUCCAGGUCCCCCUGGGGCUCCAGGACCAGUGGGUCCAUUGGGAUUACCUGGUCACGUGGGGGCAAGAGGAGCACCUGGGAGUCAAGGCCCUAAAGGACAACGAGGACCAAGAGGACUAGAUGGUCUCCCUGGGGAACAAGGUAUACAAGGUGCCAAGGGUGAAAAGGGAAAUCAAGGAAAAAGAGGUCCUUGUGGUCUUACUGGUAAGACUGGAAAGCCUGGAGAAAGAGGACCACAAGGAAAACCUGGAUUACCAGGAUCUCCCGGGAGUACUGGAGAUAGGGGGCUUGCAGGAGAGCCAGGACCACGAGGACUUCAAGGUGAUACUGGAACCCCUGGAGAAAUGGGUGCUGAGGGACCUCCGGGAAUUGAGGGAGAAUCUGGCCUGCAAGGCGAGCCAGGUACAAAGGGAGAUGCUGGACCAGCAGGCACUGUUGGAGUUGCUGGGGAGCCCGGGUUACGAGGUGAACCAGGAGCUCCUGGAGAAGAAGGUCUCCAAGGAAUAGAUGGAUUAAAGGGACCCCCAGGAGGAAAGGGAAUUCCUGGAGAGGAUGGAGAAAAAGGAGAGACAGGCUCACUAGGGACCACAGGGUCCUUAGGUAGUCCAGGUGUAAUGGGCCCUCGGGGACCUGAAGGAAUUGUGGGAGUUCCUGGACAAAGAGGUCGUCCAGGAAAAAAGGGUGAUAAAGGGCAAGCAGGGCCCACAGGAGAAGUUGGAAGCAGAGGCGCCCCUGGACAAGUGGGGGAAAGUGGUCCUAAAGGUGCCAGAGGGACUAGAGGUGUUGUGGGUCAGUUAGGAUCAAUGGGACCUGAUGGGGAACCAGGAAUCCCAGGAUAUGGGGGCCAUCAAGGUCAACCAGGACUUUCUGGGUUGCCUGGACCCAAAGGCGAGAAGGGCUAUCCUGGAGAAGAUAGCACAGCCCUAGGACCACCAGGGCCUCGAGGUGAACCAGGUCCGAGAGGAGAACAAGGAGAUAGAGGUGAGCCGGGAACAGAGGGAUAUAAGGGUCAUGUGGGUAUACCAGGACCAAGAGGUGCCACAGGACAACAAGGACCCCCAGGUGAGCCAGGUGACCAGGGUGAACAAGGACUAAAAGGAGAAAGGGGAUCUGCAGGUCCUCAGGGGAAAAAAGGAGCUCCUGGUCCACCUGGGAAACCUGGGAUUCCUGGACUUCUAGGCCUACCUGGGCCAAAAGGCCUGCAAGGAUACCAUGGAGCAGAUGGUGUUUCAGGAAACCCUGGAAAAGUUGGAAUACCAGGAAAUCAGGGACUUCCUGGCAUCAGAGGCAACCCAGGAAGAACAGGACCGGAUGGGUCCCCAGGCCCUCGAGGAGCAAAAGGUUCAUCAGGCCUGCAGGGAAGCCCAGGAGCUCUAGGCCCAAAGGGUGAACAAGGGUUACCUGGUCAACCUGGAAUUCAAGGAAAAAGAGGUCACAGAGGAGCACAAGGAGAUCAAGGACCAUGUGGAGAGCCUGGCCUGAAAGGACAGCCUGGGGAACAUGGUGUUCAAGGUCUGACAGGUUUCCAAGGAUUCCCAGGCCCCAAAGGUCCUGAAGGAGAUGCUGGCAUUGUUGGAAUAUCAGGUCCUAAAGGUCCUAUAGGACAGAGAGGAAGCACUGGCCCCCUCGGCAAAGAAGGUAUAAUAGGCCCAACAGGUAGAACUGGACCAAGAGGUGAAAGGGGCUUCAGAGGUGAAACUGGUCCCCAAGGACCAAGAGGUCAACCGGGGCCUCCAGGUCCACCUGGAGCACCGGGUCCAAGAAAACAAAUAGAUAUCAAUGCUGCUAUUCAAGCCUUGACUGACUCACAUACUGCCCUACAGAUGGAGAGCUACCAGAAUACUGAAGUGACUUUAAUUGACCACAGUGCAGACAUAUUCAAAACCCUGAACUACCUUAGCAAUUUAUUGCAUAGCAUCAGGAAUCCCCUUGGCACAAGAGAUAACCCAGCACGGAUCUGCAAAGAUUUGCUUAACUGUGAACACAAAGUAGCAGAUGGAAAAUACUGGAUUGAUCCAAAUCUCGGGUGCCCUUCAGAUGCCAUUGAGGUUUUCUGCAAUUUCACUGCUGGUGGUCAGACAUGUCUAUCUCCUAUUUCUGUAACAAAGUUGGAGUUUGGAGUUGGGAAAGUCCAGAUGAACUUCCUUCAUUUACUGAGCUCAGAAGCCACCCAUCUCCUCACCAUUCACUGUCUCAACACUCCAUUGUGGACAAGCGCUCAGGCAAGUGGCCCAGGAUGGCCUGUUGGUUUCAAGGGAUGGAAUGGCCAGAUAUUUGGAAAAAACCCUCUACUUGAACCUAAAGUGCUUUCAGAUGACUGCAAGAUUCAAGAUGGCAGCUGGCAUAAGGCAAAAUUCCUUUUUCACACCCAGAACCCUAAUCAACUUCCAGUAAUUGAAGUACAAAAACUCCCUCAUCUCAAACCUCAACAGAAAUACUACAUUGAAAGCAGUUCUGUAUGCUUUCUCUAAAGUCUCUGAAUUAGUUCAGAAUUCAUGCUGUUGGCCAGGUAAUUGCUGCAGAAGGAAAAAUAUAUAAAGAUACUAUCAUUAUGAAAUGCAUUGGCUAAAUCUUAAAGAAUCUCAGGAAGAAAAGACUUCCUCCUAAGAAGGAGAAAAGGCGUUUUUAAAGGACUAUGAUUGAUAAAGUAUUUAAUUCUUUUAAAAAUUAUAAUGAUCUGAUUUCCCUAGAGAAUUCCCUAGAACUGAAAAUUUAUAAACACGGAAUUCUUCAGGACACCAUAUGUUUUUUGACUGUCUGAGAGCAAAGUACCCUUUAGACAGCUGGAGACGCAGAACACUGUGGAGCAAUACUGGUUAAUGCUUCCAGAUGUGCAAUGCUUCUGUCUAAAAACUACCAGCCACAAUCCAAUAUGUCAUUUUCCCAAACACUAAGCUGUAUUCAGGUCCCCAGUGGGCAUAUACAUCUUAGCCAGUGGUACACUACCUCUUACGUGUUGCCUUUUUGUGUUGCUUGGUGCUCUUUCUAAAACAAGGUGCUUGUGGCUUUCAUAAACUAUUUCUUUUUUUGUCUUUGUCAUACUUUAAGAGUGUAUGUACUGGUUACAUCAAAAUAUGUUUGGUAGCAUUUAUUUUAAUUUUAAUUUGUUUGGUCACAUAAUAACAAGUAAAACAUUAUUUAUGUGAAGUCCUUUUUCUAUUUUAAAAUUCUCUUUGUGGACUCAAAACCAGCACAAUGUAACCUGUACUUCUGCACAAGAGAAUUGGGAGGGUUUUUUUGUAUUUGUUUUAUUUUUUAAAGUGCUGUAAAAAUAUUGGCCAGCUACAUCCAGUAGUAGGUUUGGGUUGAGUUUUGGGAUUGUUAUAUUCUAUUUUUAAAAAUCCAUGAUCAUCUGGAAUGAUACUUUGUGUAUUUAUAUUUUGUAAAGUUUUAAUUCAGCAAAUCCUUUGAAAUUGCUGCUGUUUUAAGUUAUAAAAACUUUCUAUUUCUGCUUCUUCGAAAUUACAUGUUUUGUAGUAUUCAUUUUCUUUUUCCGUUCUGAAAUUUAAUGUGUUGGGACCUAAAAGAAUUCAACUCACAAGUCUUUAAAGCAACAUCCAGGAAAAAAAUAAUUUUUGUAAUUUAAAAUAGGGUCAGUUUACACUUAUUGUCAAAGAAAUGUUUGUUCAGAAAAAAAUAGUAUACCUUUUGGUAUAUCUUAAAGCUUGUUACAUCCAUUAUAAACAUACCUUUAGCCAUAGCAAACCACACUUACCUAUCGAUAAUAAAAAUGUGCUUUACAU